AUGCGGCUCUGCAUCGCCUCUCCGACGCCAAAGGAGGUCGUCAAGCCGGCAAACGGCGAAUGCCUCGCUGCGCUCGCCAGCCUCCGCGCCGCCGUCUCCGCCGUCCGCGCGUGCGCUGCCGGGUUUGGCCCCGACGAGGCCUUCACCGCGCGCGGGCUCGCCGAUCACCUGCACGCGAUGUUCCCCCGCCGUCGCUCGUCGGACGGGACGACGCCCGUGCGGAUGCUCCCCAUGGGCCUGCUCGACCUCCCGCUCGAGCUCAUCUCUCUAGUCCUCGCGCGCUGCGACGCCAAGACCCUCUGCCGCGUCGCCGCCUCUUGCCGGCUACUCGGGCUCGGCGUGCCGCCUCCGCCUCCACCGCGCUCGCCGGUGGAGGAGGCGCUUCGCGCGCGGGCCGAGGCGGGCGGGUGGUGGAUCCCCGCCUCGCUCCCCGAGGGCGAGUCCUCCUGGCUCUCGAUGCUCGCGUGGGUUGAGACCGCCGUCGAGCGCCGCGGGCGGGCGAGCACGUCGGCGGGCGCGCACCACUCACUUCUGCUCGACAGUCGCGGGGCGCUGCUCUCGGCAGGGACGGAGCGGCCGCGGAAUCACUUUGCCCACCUCCCCGCGUCGCCCGCCGACGGCACCCCCGGACUCCUCGGCCACACGCAAGGAGUCGUCGCGCCGGGCGUCGGCGCACCGACCCUCGUGACGCCUCCGCGCGCCGUAGCGGCGCUCUGCGCGCGGCCGGUGGUGGCGGUGUCGGCGGGGCGGCACCACUCGCUGGCGGUGACGGCGGACGGCGCAGCCUACUCGUGGGGCAACGGGCGCGAGGGCCUGCUCGGCCACGGGGACGAGGCGUCGACGGGGGCGCCUUGCCCACCCCCACACCCGCACCCGCACCCGCGCCCACACAGCCCCUCCGCACAGGCGCUGCGCGGCGUGCGGGUCGGUGCCGUCGCGGCGGGCCGCAUGCACAGCCUCGCAGCCUCUCGAGAAGGGCUGCUCUGGUCGUGGGGCCAAAACACCUACGAGCAGCUCGGGCUCGGGGACGGCGACGCGGGGCAGGAGAACUUGGCGCCCGGCACCGGGGCAGCGACGUGCGUCGGUGUCUGCCCUCUCUGCCGAGAAGGGACGGCUGUCGGACGCGUCUACACCUGGGGCUGGGCGGCGCAGGGCCAGCUCGGAAGACCUGCCGACAAGAACAGUCCUCGCUCGGCGCUCUCGGACUCGCGCGUGACGGACCUCUCUUGCGGCGCUUGCCACACCCUCGCCUGCACCGCGCGCGGCGAGGUCUUCUCCUGGGGCUGCGGCACAAACGGCGAGCUUGGCCACGGCGACAGCUUCAACCGGCACUCUCCAGAGCUGAUCGAGGCUCUGGUGACGAGGUGUGUGAGUCGCGCCACACGCAUGUCAGGCGCGGUCUUUGCCUGGGGGCACGGCCGCGGAGGCAGGCUCGGCCUCGGCAACGGCGAGGAGGGCAGCGCGCUCCUGCCACAGCGCGUCUCUGCCCUGAGCGGAGUGGCGAUCGCGUCGGUGGCGGCAGGCGCUUCGCACACGCUCGCCGUGUCGGCCGCUGGCCGCCACUACGCUUGGGGAUCGCUCGACGCUUUGGGCUACGAGAAUGAGGAGCUGCGCAACCAGCCAACCCCAGCCGAGCUGCAGCUGUCCGAGCAGCUGUGA